UUGUCGGCCACUUCGACCACCCACAUACCCCUACCCGCAAGGAAUCUAGUUCAACAUGAUGGACGACGUUGCGAUGGAGGAAGAGAAGAAGCCUUUUGACGCCGAGCACGCUCUGCACGAAGAAGAAACGCAGCCGGAUCCCGACGAGAGUCUCAUGCUGGACCAGGGGAACGGCCGAGUGUGGCUUGUAAAGGUUCCGAAGUACCUCAUGGAGCGGUGGUCGAACGUCCGCGAGGAAGGCGUGCAUCUUGCCACGAUUCGGGUGUACAAGGUCGCUCACGGCGAGCGACCGCGCAUAACUUUACAUCUGCCGCCAGACCGCAACACCGGCGCGCCUGGCGACGAGUAUGAACUUGAGAUGGUCAACGCGGCUGUGGAGAACCAGAUCGUUGUCGCCGAACGCGAGAAAGAGCCCGGCAGCCGCGCGCGCACGACCAUACUGACAGGCCGGGUCAAACACGAGUGCAAUCUCAAGCCGAUCUUCAACGAAAGCUAUAGAGAGCGCAUGCGCGCCCGAAACCGUCUUUACAACGAACCGAAACGGUCGAUACAGAUGAUCGAGAACAGCGUCUCUGGCGGGCAGGGUAUGGUCAACAUGCUGAGCAGCGGUGCUGCUGUGGGCGGCUUUUCCGACCUGGUGGCUGCGAAGCAAAAGGCCGCCAAGGGCCAGUUCGAGCGGAUGGCCCGUAUACCGAAGAACCAGCUGCUGGACGCCUUGUUCAAUCUGUUCCGGGAGCGUCCUCGGUGGCCCAUACGUAUCCUGCGCGAGCGUACACAGCAGCCAGAGGCUUAUUUAAAGGAAGUGCUGAGCGAGAUUGCAUUCCUCCAUCGGUCGGGUGAGCACAGCGGCUUGUGGGAGCUCAGAGAGAGCUUCAAAGACGACGGGGUUAAGGGAGAGGGGAUGCCUGGUCCGAGCGUGUACACGGAUCCCUCGCAGGGGCCAUCGGGUAAUGGUGUCAAGGACGAAGACGGAGAGGAAGAGGAAGAAGAGGAUGACGAAGACGAGGACGAGGACAUGGAAGAGGUGUCCUAGCCAGCGAACUCGAUUGUCUAUUCUGUGUGCUCUCUUCGGUCUGUACUAUGUAAGUGUAUCCUACUGUACCCUGCUAUUAACUUCUUCCUUCAUGCUGGAGUACUGCGAGGUGGAAGUUGUAUCUAUCACUAGCGGCG